UACACUUUCCCACCUCUGCAUAUUUUGUGUUUUGUCCAGCAUUUCUGUUUAAAUUCAUAUAUAAUUUUGUUGUAUUACUGUUUACCAUCAAUCUGUUAAAAAUAAAGUAUGCCUCUGAAAGUUGAGGACAUGUGCCGUACGUGCAUGUUGGACGGCACUAUGAAAAAAGAAGAGUUUGCUAAAAUUAUGGUACCUCUCAGCAGCGUUGUUAUUGAUAUGCUGAGAGCAUCUGUACCUCAGCUAAAAGUGGAGCCCAACGACAAGCUCCCCCAGAACAUAUGUCUGGAUUGCACUAACAAAGUUAAGGAGAUACAUCAGUUCCAAGAGAAUUGCUUGAAAGUGGAGCGCCAAUACAAUGAUAUGCUGCAAGCCCCUGUCAAAUCGGAUGAUGAACAAUCAUUGUUUGAUAUGUUUGAAAAAGAGAUCGCGGAAGGUGAGAAGCUGUUGAAGGCGGAAUUAGAGGAGGAUGUAUUUGUGGACGAGCAGUCUUUUCAUUCAGACCAAUUCAAAGAUGAGGGGACACCAAGUGAUGAGCCCAUGGAAAUGAAUGAAGAUGAAUUCAUACAAAGUUGUAGUGAUGAUUUGAGCAUUGAUUUUGUUCUGGACGAGGAUAGCGAUAGUGACUACGAAGACAGUAAAAAAGACAAUUCUAGGAAAAGCAAAAUUCCAACUAUAAAAAAAUCAACUAAACCCAAAAAUGAGUCAAAUGAAUUGUACCCUUGUACGAAAUGCAAAAAGAAAUUAAAAACUGAAACAUCGCUAAAACGACACUUGGAACUACAUGAGAAAAGAUCCACAGUAGAUCGGGAAAGAAAAUGCGUUUGUAAUAUCUGUGAUAGAGGAUUUCCCCAUGCUUACAUGCUAAGAGACCAUUUGCGAUCCCAUAGUGGAGAAAAGCCCUAUUUGUGCUCUGAAUGCGGCAAAGGCUUUACCACAUCCAGCAGCUUGAAACAACAUACAUUCCGACACAACAGCGAAAGACAAUUUACAUGUCCAGAUUGUCCCAAAGCAUUUACCACCCGAACGGAUUUAUCUUCUCAUUCCGUGGUACACAAGGAAAAACCCAGAACGCAUGUAUGCGAUCUUUGCGGUCGUGGUUUUACCAGAGCUUUUGUUUUAAAACAACACAAAAUGUAUCACAGAAAUGAGAGAGCAUUUUCUUGUGAAUUUUGUGAAAAGCGAUUUAAUACCAAUGAGAAAUUACAACGUCACACCAGGAUACAUACAGGAGAAAAGCCCUACAAAUGUAAAUAUUGCGAAAAAGCCUAUUGCCAAUCGAAUGAACUGACCAAGCAUUUGCGUUUUCAUUUGGGAGAAAAUGUUUAUCAAUGUGCGCUAUGUCCACAAAGAUUUGCCACAGUGAAAUUGGUAAAGGAGCAUUUUAUUUUACACAAAAAUGAUGACCCCGAAACAAGGGAACAAAAUGUAGCAGCACUCAAUGCUUUGGAAAUUAAAGGAAUAUCGGUAUGUACACUAGCACACUCCCAAAUUGGUCAUUGUCGUGCUCGCGUCCCGGCCUGGUCUUUUGAUAAACGAACCAAAGCUUGUGUGCCCUUCACUUACGGUGGUUGUGGCGGCAACAAGAACCGUUUCAAUUCUCAGGCUGCCUGCGAACGACAAUCAACGGAUAUGCUGUGUGCGGACUCGGUAGAAAAAAAAUCAUCAUCGUAUCUUGAACGUUUUCCGUCCGACGAAUCUCACAUCUAUACAUUCAAAAUUGGUCCCUUGGGAUCCUUUGUGACCGAUCAACGAUCCCUACAUUCGUAUUUAGUUUUCGGUACUCACAACAACAUCAUCAUCUUAAUUAUCAUCAUCAGCAUGGACUUUUUCGCCGAUGGAGGUUUUCAACAAUUAUUCUGUGAUUUAAAUGACCAAUACAGCUCAGAGGAAUGGGACAAUAGCCUGGAGGCAAACCCAUAUUACACCAGUCCUUUGGAUGACUAUGACUAUGGAUAUGGUAGCGAAGAUAAGGAUAUCACAGCAUUACAUGAAGAGAACUGCCAAGCCAGUCUUUACAUUGAGAGUCAUGAACAUGUGAUUAUAAUGGAUCGUAAGAAUAGUUUUGAAAUUCAAAAUUUAACCGAUAUCAGUGAUAAACAAAUACAAUGCAGUUUGGAUUAUUUAUUAAACACCAGCAGCAAUUAUGGUGGUGAUUCAUUGGAUAUGCACUACGAAGACAGAUUAUAUGCAGCCACAUCACAUCCAACGUCACCCUCACCAUUAUCCUUACUAAGCUACCCUGGCCAUAAAGAUUUAAGUGACUGGGAGGAAAAAUUCCUGGACAAUUUUGUAGAAAUUCCAGAACUAGUACAUUUCCUGCCCGAAAAGACACCGCUGUGCAACGAUAACUGUAAUCAUUUCCUUCAAGAAAGUGCCGAAAAUUUGAAACUUUUUGCCACCCCUCCAAGUUCUCCUGCUGGUCUAUUGUCCUCGGAUUACUCGGCAACACCUGUCAAAAGCAAACAUUGCCGCGGUGAGCAGCAUAGCAAAGAAAAUGACAAAACCUAUCCCUGUAAUUUUGGUGAUUGUGGCAAAAUCUAUGCAAAACCAGCACAUCUUAAGGCUCAUCUGCGCCGUCACAUGGGUGAGAAGCCCUACAUAUGUACCUGGUCCGAUUGCACCUGGCGUUUCUCGCGAUCCGAUGAACUGGCUCGACAUCGUCGUUCCCAUUCGGGUGUCAAACCUUAUAAAUGUGAUUUUUGUGCGAAAUGCUUUGCCCGCUCCGAUCAUCUGACGAAGCAUCGUAAAGUUCAUGAAAGACGUCUGUUGGCUGCCAGUAAGGCUGGCAAAAUGUUGGGCGGCGUUUUGCCGCAAUCAGUAUUGACCGUAAGGCCUGGGCGUAAAAGGAAAAACCAGUUAUAAAAAAUGUUUGCUUCGAGUUUUUAGUUAAUU